UGACCAUUUUGAUUAGUCAAUCUAAAUAUAGCUAACCAAUGGGAAACGCUAGUACACAAACAGAUUUGUGUUGUUCAAGAAGCCAAAAUGACUACCUACACGAACAAAGGCCCAAAACCGGAGGCAGGAAAAUUUGUGUCAUUUCACAGAGUCAAAUUCUGGGUUGGAAAUGCUAAACAGGCUGCCUCCUACUACAUUACACGUUUGGGUUUUGAACCCUUCGCAUACCGAGGUCUUGAGACUGGAAGUAGAGAAGUGGCAGCCCAUGUAGUCAGACAAAAUAAGAUAUUAUUUGAGUUUGAAAACAUGCUGAACCCUUAUGAGCCAAAAGAGAUAGGAGAACAUUUAAUCAAGCAUGGAGAUGGGGUGAAAGAUGUUGCAUUUCAAGUGGAGGAUGUGGACGCUAUAUACAAGAGAGCUGUGGAGAAGGGAGCAAUAGUCGUAAAACCGCCAUCUGAGAUGUCGGAUGAGAACGGAACUGUACGAUAUUGUGUGAUACAGACGUACGGAGAUACGACCCACACCUUGUUUGACCUAUCUGGCUUCAAGGGAAUUUAUUUACCAGGUUACAGAGCUACAGAUUCCACUGGUGAUCCCCUAACUAAGUUGCUACCAAAGAUUGGAUUGAAUUUUACAGAUCAUAUUGUUGGUAAUCAGCCAGACAUGGAAAUGGCUAAUGUAGCUGAAUGGUAUGAAAAGAAUUUGAUGUUUCACCGUUUCUGGUCAGUGGAUGACGAGCAGGUGCAUACAGAGUACUCUGCCCUUAGAUCUAUCGUUGUUACAAACUUUGAGGAGACGAUAAAAAUGCCGAUUAACGAGCCGGCACCUGGGAAACGCAAGAGUCAGAUACAGGAGUAUGUAGAUUAUUAUGGUGGAGCCGGGGUACAACAUAUCGCCAUGAACACAGAUGACAUCAUUACAGCUGUCACGAAUCUGCGAGCAAGAGGCCAGGAAUUUCUGAAAAUACCAAAGACAUAUUACACUAAUCUUAGAGAGAGGCUAAAGACAUCAAAGGUCAAGGUUACAGAAAGUUUGGAUGUUUUGGAGAAGCUGCAUAUUUUGGUAGAUUACGACGACCAGGGAUAUUUGUUACAAAUCUUCACAAGAACCAUGCAAGAUCGGCCAACAUUGUUCCUCGAGGUCAUCCAGAGGAAAAAUAACAGUGGAUUUGGUGUCGGAAAUUUCAAGUCGUUAUUUGAAGCGAUUGAGAUGGAGCAAGCGGAACGAGGCAAUCUGUGAUUUACGUCUGCUUACAAAAUGUCUUCUGCUUUCACACAUGUCUGCUGCAACAAAAAUUCACGUCUGCUGCAGGGAGAAGAAAUCUCUACUCAUUAAUCCAUAUCAAACAUCAUUUUAUAGAACCUAGCCAUGUUCUUCAAGAAAAUUUUAUGGGACCAUAAUUAAAACAUUAGUUACGUAGAAUUUAAAAAACUUGACGAAUUUUUAUUAGAAAUUAGAGGAGAAAAACUUGUUACAAAUUUAACCUAAGAAAAACUUGUUGUUUUGGAUACAUAAGUAGUAUUUAAAUUAGUUUAUGAAUUUGGUUGAUGAAAUCCUGUAUCAGUAUUUAACAGUGUACAAUAAUUGUUGUCAUGUAUACUUUAGAAUUUUCUUUUGAUUUUAAGGGAGCUCCACUCAGGUCAAAAAGUUGAAAAACAAAAAUUUUGAAAUGUUUGCAUAGACUUAAAAUGGAAAAAAAACUUGCAAAAGAUAAUAAAGGUAUACUCAGAGUUAAAUUGAAAAUCUAUUUUUUUGCAUGAUUUUUAGCCUGGUUUGAAAAACUUUUUUCAUUUUUUUUUGUCAUUUUGCACAGUGAAAAUGAUUAUUCUGUGGAAAUAAUUAUCAGAAACUUUGCACACAAGUUAUUAGUGUAGACCUACAUCAAAUUGUACACAAGUCGCAAAAAAAAUAUUCCCAGCCCCUGCAUGUACAAAACCUAAGUGGAGGCCCUUUAAGGUUAUUUUUAUGAAAUAUUAUUUCUAGUCUACCAAAACACUUUCAUCCAACAGAAGAUCUAUAUUGUUUAUGUUUUUACAUUAAUUUAAUUUAUAGUACAUACAUUGUAAUUUAGGUAGCACACUAGCAUGUCUCAAUUUCUGUAUCUAUUCUGGACAAAGGUUUAUAUUGAAAUUAUACAUUUUUCAUUGAUUGAAAAUACUCACAAAAUUAAAUAACCAAUCACAUCCUGAAAAUUGUAUUACCCCUGGCAACCCCCACCCCAAACAAAGAACAACAACAUAGAACAAUAUAAUGUGAUAUUUGAUAAUGCAUUUGUUUUCAGUAUUUUAUCUUAACUUCAUACUAAUUUGGUUAAAAUAUGUAAUUUCUUAAAUCAUUGUUAACCUUUAUAACAUAAACAUUAAAGAUGAACAAUGACCAGGCUUCUGUACAUAAGAUUUCAGUCAAUCAUUUAUGAAUUUUAAAAAAAAAUCAUAAUAAACAUGUAUGUUAACGAUUUUACUCCGUCACUGCUAUAGUACUAUUAUAGAUUGGGAGCAUAGGAUUUUUAUCUUUGGAGUCUGCAGAUAGCUUCUAGCUUUGCCAAAACUUCAUUCUAUAAACAAGAGCUUUUAUAAGGUACUUGGACAUUUAUACAAAAAUGUAGUCUUUAUGAUAACAGCUUAUUUUAUAGCAUACAUUUAGAGGUUUUAUAUGACCAUGAAAUUUCGCUAUAACUUUUGUAAUUAUAAAUGUAAAUUGACUUCCGACAGGGAUUUUUUAGGUAAUUUUAAGAUCAAAUUCUAUUUUUUACAAGCCCUUAUACAUAUCAUUCUUGUUUGAUGUAGUCAUGUUAAUGGUAUCAGGGUUAUUGAAUAUUUAUUUUAGCCCGAAAAAUAAGAGGAUGCAAUUUAUGUUAUACAUUUUGUAAAUAUUUACAGCUUUCAUGUACAUUUGCUUUAACCAAAGAUUAUAUUUUUAAAAGAUGUUAAUAUUCUAAUCCUAAAAUGAUAUUAAUUUGUGAAAAUAUAGAAAAAAAGUCCAUUAGAGGAUUUUCAAAUGUACGUUUGAUAAAAAAAAGUAUUUUUUUUGCUUUGUAAAAAUUUGCUCAUUUCACAUUCAGUGUUAAUAUUCAAAAUAAUCUCAUUGUCAAACUUAAUUGUUUUAACUUUAAAGUUUUGUAAUAAGUUUAAAAUCCAUGUUUCAUGUAAUGGUAUCUCUACAGAAAAUCAGAAUGGACUUUUAGAAGGGUUAACUUGAAGGUGACGAAGUACUAAAUAUUGCAACAGGGUUAACCGAAAGGUGACAAAGUACUAAAUAUUGCAACAACAGAUAGCCUAGAUAUGGUUAUUAUAAAUUGUACCUGUACAUUGCGUAGUAAUUUAAAUGUUCUCAAUCUUUAGAAAUAUAUUCAUUAUUGCUUGGACAAUGUUAACGAUUUAUUAAUGUUUUAAUAAAUGAAUCUCUUUUUUUGGUUUGUAUAUCUAAUAUUGUUUUAUAUCUAAUAAUUAUGUGCUACAUGUAAAUAUUAUAAGGAGAAUCUCUUAAAGUCCAACUAGUUCAGUGGGGACAAUAUUUAGUCUUACAGACAUUUGAAUUGGAAGUUUUAGCCCUGUGUGACAGACAUUUUUCUGUUACGAUUCAAUUGCCUGCAAUACAUAAAAUUCAUAAUAUUCUCCAAUGCUGUUUAAUAUAUUUUAUGUUGAGAAGUUGACAGUUACUGGAGGAAGAAAGCUUAGUACUGGUAAAGACUCCAGGAGCACUUGUUAGGUAACUGCACACAGUGAAGUGACUGAAAUACUGUUAAAACUGGUGCUAAAUGCAAAGAAACAAAUGAUUAGAUUAUACAUGUAUGUAAUGAGUUUGUUGGUGAUAUAAUCAGUUGUAAAUAAAGUUUUAUCUUUAA